UGCGAUCAUGACGAGACGAGCGAGAUGAUACGCAUAUUGGCAUUGACCCUCUAUGCUUUGCUGGCCUGGAGUGACGAGAUGCAUAGAACAUGAAUUUCGUUAUUUUGUAGGUGAAAAAGGAUGUUGUUUUGUGUUCAGCUGGUCUUAUAAUCGAGAAAGGAGAUGAAGCGAGCUAGGUGGUUGUCGAUGCAUUGACUGAUCUUAAACCCAUUGUCAUCCAAGGAGAAAGGUAUCAAGAUGAGGAAGCUGUCUAUGAAUCUGUGUUUUGCCGUCACUAUUGCUGUGGUGAACAUCCUCUUCUACUUGAACAUGUCAGGAAACUUGUUGGCAUUCAAGAGGAAGGAGCCUAUUGAGCGUAGCAGCAAUGUGCACCCUCGUAAGGCGGAGAUGUACCAAGAAGAGAUAUCCAAGCUGGUCAGAGAGGCGGUCAGGGAUCAUGGUGUCAGCCGGGAAAACCUGACCUCGAUGCUUGAACUAGCAUACAGGGAACACCAAACAUCCGAACGCACCAGCAUGGAAGACUUCUUCAUCCACAAAGGCAAAUCUCUACCCAAGAAUAACACCUCCGAUUCUGUAGGGCUUCUAACAAAAGUAUCGAGUAAGGAACAUGCAAGAGAUGGAAUGAACGUUGAGGAUCUUGCACCAAUUCACUCUGUAAAGAACCAGUCAAAACCAAUGGAUGUUGAAAAACUUGAAAAGAUAGAUGCUCAUGACCCAACGCUUCAUGAUACACAAAGGAGUGGAGUGUUGGGUGUCAUUGGCAACUUGUUAGGCAGUGGUAAGAAGGAAACACCUAUUGUUUUUCCCCAUGACCACAACUUGGUUAUAAAUGAACCCAACAAGUGCAAGAAUGACGAUGGCAGCGAUAGGCAGGUAUUCUUCUUGGUGCUCAUCUUGAGCAUCCAUAAAAAUUUUGACCAGAGGAAUGCUGUACGGAAAACAUGGGCAAGUCCCAAAGAGAUAGAUGGCAAGCAGAUUGUGACAUUGUUUCUCCUAGCUAAGAACACUAAUCCCAGGCAUCAAUCGCUGGUAGAACAAGAGAGCAAGCAGUACAAAGAUAUUAUCAUGGAAGACUUUAUGGAUACCUACAAGAAUCUCACACUCAAAACAAUGAUGGGUUUAAAGUGGGCCAGUAUUUUCUGCCCCCAAGCCGACUAUGUCAUGAAGACUGACGACGAUAUGUAUGUCCAAUUUGCUAACAUCAUCACGUACCUAUCCAAGCCUACAGUUCCAACUAAAAAUUAUGUGACUGGAUUUGUCAUCAAUGGGGGCCCUAUCCGUGACCCCAAAAGCAAGUGGUACAUGCCAAAAGAAACAUACCCCGGUAGUAAAUAUCCACCGUUUUGUUCUGGAACAGGGUAUAUGAUGUCGGGAGAUGUGCCGGGGAAAGUGUAUGAGACAUCGCUUCACACGCCUUUCCUCUACUUAGAGGAUGUUUUCUUUGCCACAUGCAUAAAUUCCCUCCACAUAGUACCAGUCAACAACAAGGGAUUCAACAAUUGGCGGACACCAUAUUCCUAUUGCAAGUACAAGCGUAUUUUCACAACUCACAUGGUCCCACCGACAGAGAUGCAGAGAAUAUGGAAUGACCAGAAGACCCAGAAGGGAUACCGAUGCUAAUUUUGAUACAAAGAUAAUAUAUUUGUAGAACAUGUUCUAGGAAAUGUACAGUUUUAAUAAACUUUUAUUCUUUUACGCUAUUGUACAAAAGGUUAACAAAAUUAGGAUGACGGUGCAAUUUCUGAGUACUGAUUUUGGUUAAAAAUUUAUGAAAACCUAUACAUGUGGUCCAGUGCAUAAAAUAAGCGAUUUUUUUGUUGUUGCUUGUUCGAGGCUUAAAUGAAUCUUCAUAUACCAUAAAUGUGAAGAUUCAAUUGAUAUUUAAGAAAAGGCAAAAUAUUUUGCUACUUGAACAUGUACUUUUGUGUAUUCGGUCCAAUGUGCGGAGCGAACUAAACCAACAGAAAUAUUGUUUGUACAGUACUGUAAGAUUGACAAGAAAAAUAUAGAAAUUGUUAAGCGUAUUCCUUAUCCCUACUUUGGAAGUUACGAUGGAAGAAAGUUCCAAGUCUACCAAAAUUCAAAGGCAAUGGCUCUACUCAUACAUUCAUAUAACCAAUAUAUUGAUUUUGACUCCUUUUAUGAAAAAUAUUAGUUUGCUCUCAAUGAAAUGUAUAUUUAUCUCGAUGAUGCUGUGCAGGAUAUGUAUUUAAUGUUAAUCCAUAUCUGUAAUCAAUAUUUGUCAGCUGGCUAGGAAUUGGUCUACUACUUUCACAGAGUCUAAAAUGUACCGCAAUGGUAAAAUACAUGAAUGACAAGAUCUGCUUUGAUUGAAACAAAUAAAUACAUACGGUUACAUA